AACGAAAAUGUUGUAGCUUGGGUUGACGGGCCACCCAAAACGUUAUCCUAUUGAGCCUGCCUGCAAUGUUGGUUUGAAUUGGUCGUUCUCUUUCUAAGAUCACCCGGUUGAAAUUUUGGGGCAUUUUGGCACCUGUUAAUGCAAUGUUUCUCAAAGCUUCACCUCCGGCAAUACCCAUAAAUUUCAAAUGUAGUUUCAAUGCCGUCUCAAACUCAACGUUUUGUUCUUAUGAUAGUUGCAAUGAGAUUGGUGUUGGUGGCACGAAAUCUGCAACAAGGGGGGUCGUAAUGGUCAGAGCUGGCUACACCAAGAAGCCAUUGGAAACCCCUGGAGCUUAUGAGCUUAUAGACGAGGACACUGGGGAUAAGUUCAUCGUUUGGGGAGGAACUGAUGACAACGACUACCAAGCCCCUAUCCCUUCCAAAGAAGUUCUUCAUUGGGAACCUUCCAAUAAUAGCAAGAAAGGCAGAAGCAAUCAUUUGGCAAACAAUUCCGCUGCCAUUACCAGACCUAGAGCAAGUGCCAAGGGGGUAUCUCGAAGUUUUGAAAGAUUGAGAGCGCAUAGGGUGAGGGAUCUUGGCAGGGUAUCCUCUUGGGAAAGGGACCAAAAAGAUGGAAACUCGAGUAGUGAACCUAUUUCUUCAGCACAAGAGGAAAAAAUUGUGGCUAAACAAAAUAGAUUAAAUGUUACAAAAGAUGUUUCAGAAGAAGUUGAUGGUAGCAUUUCAGCAAGUAGGGACUCCAGUUCUUCCCAAAGAGGACCUAGGGCCAACGAACUUGGACAGAUAUCAAUGAAUGUUUCAAGUAAACUACGGAAAUCAAACACUGCUGGUGAUUUUUUUAGCAGAAAAUCCUUUAAGGAUCUGGGAUGCACUGAUUACAUGCUUCAGUGUUUAGGCAGCCAGCUUAUUGCAUACCCUUCACAUAUUCAGGCUAUGUCAUUCCCGCAUGUUAUUAGAGGAAAGAGCUGCGUCAUAGCUGAUCAGAGUGGCUCUGGGAAAACUUUGGCUUAUCUUUUACCAGUGGUGCAGAGUAUUAGGCAAGAUGAGCUCGAAGGACAUGCCAAAUCUUUGCCUCAAAGUCCUCGAGUUGUUAUACUGGUACCAACUGCUGAGUUGGCUUCUCAGGUAUUACGCAAUUGCAGACUGAUGUCAAAGUGUGGUGUGCCAUUCCGGUCUAUGAUUGCUACAGGCGGUUUUCGACAGAAAACUCAACUGGAGAAUCUUCGGAAUGAGUUAGAUGUUCUGAUUGCUACACCUGGUCGCUUCUUAUACUUGGUUGAAGAAGGGUUCUUACAGUUAACGAGCCUUAAAUGUGCUGUGUUGGAUGAGGUGGACAUACUCUUCAAGGAUGAGGAUUUUCAGCAAGCAUUGCAGAGUUUGAUGAAUUUGUCACCUGUUACCACCCAAUAUCUAUUUGUCACUGCAACUCUACCAGUCAUCAUAUACAAUAAACUAGUUGAAAAUUUUCCUGAUUCUCAAGUUAUCAUGGGACCUGGCGUGCACCGUACAAGCUCUGGUCUUGAGGAGAUACUCGUUGAUUGCAGUGGAGAGGAGGGAAUGGAAAAAACUCCGGAUACAGCAUUUCUCAACAAGAAAUCCGCUCUUCUGAAACUAGUGGACGGGGGUCCUGUUACCAAAAUGAUCAUCUUCUGCAACAAAAUUGAGACGUGCAGAAAGGUUGAAAAUGCGUUAAGGAGGUUCAAUAGAAAAGUGUUGCCAUUUCAUGCUGCUUUGGCACAAGAUUUACGAGUUGCAAAUAUGGAGGAGUUCUGCCAGUCUCGAUUGAAAGAUAGCUCCUUAUUUUUAGUUUGCACAGACAGAGCGUCCCGAGGAAUUGAUAUUCCGGGAGUUGACCAAGUGGUGCUGUUUGACUUCCCUCGUGACCCAAGUGAGUAUGUGCGACGUGUUGGAAGAACUGCCAGGGGUGCUGGAGGGAAAGGGAAGGCGUUUGUAUUUGUGGUAGGAAAACAAGUUUCUCUUGCACGGAGAAUUAUCGAAAGAAACCGAAAAGGCCACCCAUUGCAUGAUGUUCCAUCAGACAUAUGAGUCAUCAAAAGGUUAACCUUUCAUCAGAAGCAGUCCAUUAUCAUCCAAUAUGAGGAGCUACAUUUUGAUAUUGUAUAAUGUAUUGAUUAAGCAGAGGAAAUAACUAGAAAAGUGGAUGAAAUGCCAUAAAGUACAAUAGCAAGUUGGAAAGAAGAUGCGUCUUUCCUUUUUGCCCUCUUCA